CCCGCCCCGGCGUUCAUUGAAGAAGAAGGGACGGUUCUCCAUUUUCGGCCGAGUUUUCGAUCAUGAAGAACCAACAAUGUAAGCUUUUUGUUGGCGGACUGAACAUUGAGACCACGAACGAUGGCCUUCGCCAGUAUUUCGAGCAGUUCGGUACGCUGACCGACUGCGUGGUGGUGAUGAAUCAGCACCUGCAGCGUUCCCGCUGUUUCGGCUUCGUAACCUACUCGGCGGCGGACGAGGCCGAGGCAGCAAUGGCGGCCAAGCCACAUGUGAUCGACGGCAGCAAUGUGGAGGUGAAGAGGGCCGUGGCGCGGGAAGACGCCAACAACGACGGCGGCGAUAAAGUCAAGAAAAUCUUCGUGGGUGGCAUGAAAGAGCACAUCGAGGCCGGUCACCUCACCGAAUACUUCUCGCAGUACGGCGUGGUGGAGAAGGUGGAAAUCAUCUCCGACAAGCAGACCGGUAAGAAGAGAGGCUUCGCCUUUGUCUACUUCGAGGACACCGACUCCGCCGACAAAGUGGUGCAGUCCAAGUACCACACCAUCAGCGGGACUCAGGUGGAAGCCAAGAAAGCUCUGACCCGGCAGGAGAUGUUCAACGCCGGCGGUCGCGGAGGUAGAGGCCGCGGGCGGGGGAUGCAGCCCUACGGCGGCGGCAGAGGAGGUGGCGGCUACGGAGGAGGCGGCUACGGCGGCGGCUAUGGAGGAAGCGGCUACGGCGAUAGCUACAGCUAUGGCGGCGGUGGCUACGGCAGCGGCGGAGGCUACGGCAACGGCGGGUACGGGGGUUACGACAGCCAGAUAGGGGGCGGGUACAGUAAUGGUGACUUUGGGGACGGCUACGGACAGCAGCCCUCUAGUUACGGCGCAAUGAAGGGCCCCGGCGGCCCCAGCUACUACAGGAGCGCUGCUCCUUACAGCAGAGGUGGCGGCGGCUACGGCAGGGGAGGAUUCGGUGGAGGCGGCGGCGGCGGCGGCUAUUAGCGCCACGAGGAAAUUCACACACAUGCGCGCGCGCUCACACACUCGAGCCCAGGUGGGAGGAGAGGGAUCUCCAGAGCUUCGUGAGAAGGAGCAGCACCCAUCACCCACGCGGCCCGAGCUACACUGUCCUCUGGUUCCUGACCCCCCCCCCCCCCCUCUCUUAUUCCAGACAUUUACUUUUCUGCGAUUAAAACAUGUGAAUUGUACUUUUUUAUGUUGGAUUUUUUUUUCUUGAAUUUGUAAAGUUGCAUUCAAUGUCACUACUAAACUCCGGAUUUGUCUUCAGUCAGACUUUUUUUUCUUUUUUCCUUAAAUCAUGAACUCAGGGUUGUAAGUGGUGGAAGUGUUUUGGGCAUCUUGAGACUUGAAUCUCAUGAGGCUCUUAACACUUGAGUUUUUUUUUUUGUUUGUUUUGUUUUUUUUUUUUUUUAAAUCCCUCGUCCUGUUAGGCUUCUUUUUUUUUUUCUUUAAACGGGAAAAAGCUCUUCUGAAUUGUUUAAACAUCCACUUGUUCAGUUCACCCCUGUUUUACUCUGCUUUUAUUAAAGUUUUUAAAUGUUUCAAACGCCA